AUGAUGUUUUGUCAGAGGAUUUUCUAUCCAUUUGGCUCGGCGGUUGGAGACAUUCGAACUCUUGUUAAUUAUGGUGGUGAAGACUCCGCUUCAGUUAACCUAGCCAGACCAUUUGUAUAUUUUGGGCGCACAUACAACCUGAUAUAUGUCAACUAUAAUGGACUCCUUUCAUUCAACCAACCGAUAAUAGAAGAUCCUUACACUUUUCCAUAUAAUGGAAGUCAAGAUGUAAUUGCUCCUCUCUGGGCUGACUUUGAUGACUAUGGAAUUAUUGCGUUUUACUAUCAGCAGUACACAUCUGGAAAUGUCCUCACACGAGCUACAGAAGAUAUCAAACACUAUUACCCUGGUGUGAGCUUCAACGCCACUUGGGUCUUUGUAGUAACUUGGGACUAUUCAGUCUCGUUUCAAGCAGUUUUAAUUUCGGAUGGUGUCUCCUCCUUUACUCUGAUGAACUAUGGCAACAUGAGUGUGAUCAAUUAUCCAGUGGAGGCUGGAUAUGACACAAUAGGCUCCACACAUUACUUUGUCAUUCCUGGGUCAAACAAUGGCAACCUCAUCCCAAACCUCAAGUAUUCAAGUAAUGUAAACACUCCAGGCCGUUGGGCUUUCUCUACAUAUCAAGGCAAUGGUUUGCCUGGAGGGGAGGGAGCACUUGGCCCACUCGACUCCUGUAGCAAUGGUUACAGCAAUGGCCAUGCCUCCACCGGUACCUUCCCUCUCCCAGUGCGUUUGAGCAGCACUUCAGAAUGUGAUCCAGGGUUCCAAACUUGGAGCACAGUGGGCAUGCUGGUGACUCCACCCUACCCCAUAUGUGAGGGUUUGAUGGGCUGGGCAGCACAUCGUAUACCGCGUGGGUUCUCUCAUCUUCGACCACUGCUCUCACCUCCUCCUGGACUAGGCAUCGCUUUUCCUUCCCGUUGA